AUGAGGCCCGGAGCUGAACGAGCAAAGCAGCAUCUCAACGUGGACGAGCCGAGGUUGUCGUGUGACCGGAAAAGGCCGGCGCCGUUUAAGAGGCGGCAGAAGUCACCCACGGGGCAGGAGCUGGUGCUGGUUUCUACGGCGAUCAGGGUUAGGGUUCCUAGUUCAGUGCUUCAAAGAUACAUGAAGCGUGACCUCUGUAGCGAGUGUGACCCCCGGUGGUCUCGGGCUGAGGCAGAGGAGGCGGGGAUUGGGAUAGACCACCUGCUCCUUCCAAAAUCACACAGACACACAGAGGCGGGGGGCAGCAGGCCCCACAUGGUGACGGAUAACAUGGGCAUCCGGAACGAGACCUUCAUGAAGAUCGCAGCCGUCGGGACCUGGAUGGGAGACUUCGUCACCGCCUGGAUGGUGACAGAUAUGAUGCUGCAGGACACUCACUAUCCAGACUGGGGCCAAACGGCGAGACGCUUCUGGAAAAAAGGCAACAACCGCAUCGUCCUCUUCUGGUCGGUGUUGAUCUCGCUGACCUCGGUGGUGGUCCUGGUCAUCAGCACAGACUGGAUCAGCUGGGACAACCUGAACAGAGGCUUCCUGCCCAGUGACGAGGUGUCGCGGGCUUUCCUGGCCUCCUUCAUCCUGGUGUUCGACCUCCUCAUCGUCAUGCAGGACUGGGAGUUCCCUCACUUCAUGGGGGACCUGGACAUGAACCUGCCGGGGAUGUCCACCACUCACGUCAAAGUCAAACUGCCCGUCUGCAAACGCAUCUUUAAGGACGAGUACCACAUACACAUCACAGGAAAGUGGUUCAACUACGGCAUCAUCUUCUUGGUCCUGAUCCUGGACCUGAACAUGUGGAAGAACCAGAUGUUCUACCAGCCUUACGAGUACGGCCAGUACGUGGGUCCGGGAGAGAAGAUCUUCACGGUGGAGGAACCCGAAACUCUGGUCCUCUUCAACCACUCCACCCUGACGUAUGAGUGGCGCAGCAGCAACACGGACCCUCGCACCAACCAGUCCUACGUGGACCGGGACAUGUUCCUGCACAGCCGCUUCGUGGGGGCCAGCCUGGACGUCAAAUGCCUGGCUUUCAUUCCGAGUCUCGCUGCGUUCGUGCUGUUCGGCUUCUUCGUCUGGCUGUUUGGGAGAUUCCAGGACUGCGAAACCAUCACAGAAAACCCGGAUAAAAGCUACGAAAGGAUGAAGAGGAAAUCGCCGUCGGAAUACAGCAAAGACAUGGGGACGACGCCUGACGAGAUGCUCAUGGCGCUUUCAGAGGGGAUGGGGAAAUCAGGGACUCCCAUGCUGCUGUCGGUGGACGGGCAGCGCUUCGGGAAGACCCCUUCGACCCCUUCGACCAAUUCUACGGUCUCCACGGAAACGCAAGAGACUCACCCGAGCAUCGUGAUCAACAGCGCGGAGCAGGACGAGCCGGCGGUGUUUUUUGAUGUGCGCAAACUGUCUCCUUGA